UAUACGUAAAUUCAGAAUCUACACCCGGGCCGCACCGCUUAGGUACUGUCGAACCCGGAACCGCACAUCAAUCACUGUCUCCAUUGCCCGAGCGAGCGAGGGAGAGGGGAACAGAGCAGUUGGAGGGCCAUGUCGGCCGAGCAGCCCCUGAAGAAGCGAAAGCUGCAUGAUCAUGUUUCCGAACCUCCACCGGAGCCGCAGCCGCCGCCGCAAACCGCUGCUCAGCAGCGCUCGGCAACUCCACCGCUGUCGCAAGAAGAAAUUAUGCGGAGACGAAGAAACAGAGAAGAGAUUCGUAAUGUGUACGAAUGCUACAAGCGAAUUAAGUCGUGUAUCGCUCAUGAAGAUGCUCGCUUAAUGCCGGAACUCGAGCAGGCCUAUCUCUCUCUCAUCACUGCUUCCAGAGGUUGCACAAGUGCGCAGCGGAUUGUGGCUGACUUUGUUCCUCGAUAUGCAUCAUACUGUCCAACUGCUCUUGAAGCUGCUGCUAAAGUUGUUAUCAAUAUGCAUAAAUGGAGCUUGACAACAAUAAAUAGAGGAGAGGAUUCUAAUGGAGUUGCAUUUGAGACUGCUAAAGCCUGUAUCUUUGGUCUAGGUGAUAUCUGUUCUGCUGCUGCAUCAGAGGCACCAACAUCAUCUGUUAUCCGAGGCAUAUGUUCUGCAGUUUUUCUGAAUGUGCUAACCUUCUUCUUAUCCUCAUUUGAGGGGAAGGAUAUUUUUCAGAUUGUUGAUAAGGAAACAUUGAAGAUACAUGAUUCCCCUGAGUUAUUUCCCAGAUUGAAGCAAAAGUUCUCAGAUGAAGAUGGAUCUCCAUUGUUAAAAUUACCCAAGUUUAGUGCACUCAGUUUCCUUAAGAUUUUCUUUUCUUGUUCCAAAAAAUUGCUUGCCGCUUGUUUUGAGCUGUUCAACUCCACCACUACAGAGGGAAUCAACAAAGAAGGAUAUUUCUUUCUAAGUCAGGUGACAAGCAGGCUUGAUGCUGAUGAUGCAACUCAUACUUCGAAUACAACAAUUGAUGGACCUAAAUCAUGUCCAGGUUCUGUUGAAACUAGCACUGAAGGCAAUAAAGUUAGUGAUGAGGGGUUUGUAAGAGAUGGCAACCACGUUCUGGGGAAGGCAUCUCCUAUGUCAAAUAGCUGCUUGCUGAGACUGGUUCUUGACAAAGAUCCAUCAUUGAGAAGUUGGAUGUUCGUGAAAUAUAAGAAAUUAUGUAAAUCGGCAUCUUCUCAAGUUGUAUCAGAAUUCACAUCUGCUCUAGAAAGAAUCUUUGAAUCUUUUACAGAACUAGCGCAGGUAGAAGACAGUCAAGUGGAUAGCGAUGAGGAUACUUCUGAUCCAUCCAAAUAUAUUAAUAGACAGUAUUUGGUGCCUCGGAUCUCUAAUAAGUGUGAAGGCUCUAGUGAAAUAUCCGGAAAAGAUUGUACAUCAAGAGCUCAUGAUGUGACUGGUGAUGAUGGUUUGAAAGACAAAUUUUCAGGUCUAUAUCUGAAACCUCGCAGCUCAGUGGGUCCCAUGGAGGCCGACAUCCGCUCAAGUACAAGUUCUAAUCAUGAUAAAGGAGGCUCAAGGUCCAUGGACUUUGAGACUGGUGAGCAUGGAGAUUUAUCACAUGGCAGGUCUUCCAUGCCUAGGGACCUGCUGAACAACCAUUUGCAUUCUCCUGUCACAAGAAAAUCUUUUGAGUUCAGGACUGAUCCAUUUGAAGGUAGAAGCCACCUUGUCCAAGCUGAGAAGAAUCAAGUUUCAAACAUGGAGUUCAGCUUGCCUACCUUGAGAUCUUCAAGUGGAGUCGUAACUAAUGCUGUGGCAUCUCCUAAACAUCAGAUGACAAUAUCAUAUUCUGCGACAAGUAGUCAAACUAUUUGGUACUUUGAUGGGGACCCUGCUGCCAUGGAUGUUUUCUCAGCUUCUAAACAGCUCUGGCUAGGUUCCAUAUCCCCUGAUGCAUCUGAAGCUCUUGUAAGGUUUCAGGUUGAGAGGUUUGGUCCUAUAGAACAUUUCUUUUUCUUUCCAAUUAAAGGAUUUGCCUUGGUUGAGUACAGAAACAUUAUGGAUGCUAUAAGGGCUCGGGAAUAUAUGCAGGGGCAUUCCCCUUGGCAUAUAAAGUUCUUGGAUAUAGGAUUGGGAACCAGAGGAGCUAUUAAUGGUGUUGCAGUUGGUUCUAGUUACCAUGUUUAUGUUGGAAAUGUUUCAAGCCAAUGGGCAAAGGAUGAGAUAUUGCAUGAAUCAAUGAAAGUGAUUUACAAGGGUCCUCACAUGGUUACUGAUCUUACUGGUGGGGAGGCAUUAUUGAUGGAAUUUGAAACACCUGAAGAAGCUGCCUCUGUAAUGGCACACCUGAGGCAGUAUCGCAGGGAAAAUGGUAACCGCUUGAUGCCUUUAAAUUCUGUAACUAAUGUUGCACGAACUCAUUUGGAUGGAGCAAGAUCUAUGAGUGGCCCUAUUCCUGUUGACCUUAGAGGCAGUAAUGCUGGAAACAUGUCUAAUAAUAUUGUUGGAUCGCCUUAUGCUCAAACAGUGCCUGAGAGCCCUGCUGAAAGCUCUAGGACAAGGAUGUCUCAUCUUUCUUCUUUAAUUUCUACAUUACGUGCAAAAUAUAACAUCACUCAAAGCUCAAGUUAUUUUGACAACCAUAUAUCUGGGGACUACCAUGCUGCUCCAAUGAGGGAAGAAGAUAGAGCUCCAACAAGCACUGUCUGGAUUAACCUGCCAAAUAUUAGCCCUCCAUUCCUCACAGAUGAUGAGCUUAUGACCAUGUGCAAUCUUGCUAUUGGCAAUGUAGGGUCUGUUGUCAGGCUGGCACGAGCAAAUAUGCAGAUGGGUUGUUGCUGGUUUAUUGAAUGCAGCAAUGUAGAUGCUGCAGUUACCGUCUUAAAGAACCUGCGGGGUUGUCCUGGGAUGUUCUUCCAGAUAGAGUUCAGUCAACCUGGGAAACCUCAUGCUUUCACAAAGAAAUCCGAGAGCAGCACUCUGGAGCUAGUAUCCCCUAGAGUGAAACUGGAAAAUCAUGGGACUGCAUUACAAAGCGGGCAUGGAUUUCAGUCUAACUGGGCUGUUUCUGGAUCUACAGAGAUGCCUGAAGUUGGAGUGAGAAAAACUGAUGGCUAUGACAGUAGUAUGGUGGUGGGUCUUCCAUCAGGAGCAGGUCAUGCUGGUUCUGGUGCUGCUGAACAAAUGUGGAUGUAUAAGAAACCUGAAAUUGAACUUCAUUCUGGACAAGGAAAUAUUCCCUGCAUGCCUAUAGCAACACAGGGACCUAAUAUUGCACCACCACAAGGUCCACAACAAAUUCAAGCGCCUCCAUUCAUGCGACCUGUUUACCUUCCUCCAAGCAGUUCAUGGGAUACACGAUGUUUAAAUCAUCAUUUGCCAUUGAACCCAACCGCACCAGGUGUUAUGCCUUAUAACCUUCACGGUAAUGCUGUUGCAGCUCCUUUCUUACCUGCUUCUGUGACACCACUUGCACAGAUGCAGGGAAACUCAAUGCAGCAUUUUGAUCAAAUGUUUUCCCUUCCUGUGGUACCACCACCUUUAUCAUCCCUACCACCUCCUUUGCCUGGCAUGCCACCUCCAUUACCUCCAUCUCCACCUCCUCUGCCUCAGUCUCUGCCACCUCUAGUUCCCCCUCCACCAAGUUCUCCCCCUCCACCCACACCCAUUGUGUUGUCCAAUUUGCAAUACCAGUGGCAAGGUACAUUAUCUAAAAGUGGAGUUAACUACUGUACCAUAAUCGCGCAUAGAGUGGAUUCGGAUAUUUGCAAGUAUUUGAGUAACAUGUCUGAACCUACAGAGUGGCCGGCUAAAUUGGAUAUGACAAAAAGGACUGAUUUCCGGCAUGUGAAAUCAACAUUUACUGGCACCCCACCACAUAAAAGGGAAGUAUGCCAGCUGCGCCCUUUUUCUGCCAGUGACCAUAAAGGCUUUCAGGAUUUCAUAGCAUACUUGAAGCAGAGGGAUUGCGCAGGAGUAAUUAAGAUUCCAGCUGUGAAAUCAAUGUGGGCAAGGCUACUCUUUAUUCUUCCCUACUCGACAGAUGCAUGUUCUAUGCUUUCUAUUGCACCAAAUCCUUCGGAUUGCUUAAUUGCUGUGGUUUUGCCAAAAGAGACCAGCUUUGAAUCCACCUUUGCUGUGAAAGGGGCUGCAGUUUGUUGGGAAGGCAGCAAUCACAGGGUAAGGAUGAAUUCUUGCUGUGUUGUUGAAGAAACAGACGGUGGGACUCAUCGGGCUCAUUGCCCUGCGCCCUGGAAGGCUGGAACUAACCCUUCCAAGAUCAAAAUGUCGAACCGAUAUGGGCAGAACAAGGGUUUCACCAAAACCCAGAAGAAGUUCGUUCCCAAAACCCAAAGAGAAGGACACACCCCCAAUCCCACUCUUUCUACUUCUCUCAGACAAUCCGCCGCCGCCGCCUCCUCUUCCACUGGUAAGGUUGUAUCGGCUGAGAACGCUGAUUCAGUUUCAAGCAGGGGUGAGGGGGGCAGUUUCCUCAAUUACUUGCCCCAAGAUGAGGCGGUGGCUUCCGGCCUUGGUGCCCAGGAAGGCGGUUUGGAUCCCCUGGAGUCCCAGCGUGUUGUGGAUCUUUCGAACAAGGAGCUGUCUCGCCUUCUCAAAUUGAGUCCUAGAGAGUUUUGGAAACAAGUGGCCAGUGACAAUUCACUGCAUGAUUUUCUGGAUAGCUUCCUACAAUUUAGGAGUAGAUGGUAUGAUUUCCCUCAUCAUGGAGUGAAAGGAAUGGUUGCCGGGGUCAUUGUUGGAGACUUUGAAUUAAGCCGACGUGUCUUCAUGGUCUUGUUUCGCAUAUCUUCCAAUAGGGAUCCUGGUGCUCGGGCUGUUGACACCCUCAGUUCAAAGGAUCAUGCAGUCCUUUUGCAGGAAAAGAGGCUGCUUGAUUUACCCAGAUUGUUAGAUAUAUGUGCUAUAUAUGGUUGUGAAAAUGAAGAUUUGACCAGAUCACUGGUUGUGAAUGCUUUGAAAGCACAGCCUUGGAUCCAUGAUAAUUUAAUUGCAGUGAUGUCUCAUUUCUUGAGCAUUGUCCACACAAUGCACCAACGUUGCAGCUCGUCUUUGGAGGCUCUUUUUUCUUCUGGAGGCUAUGAAGACCAGGGAUCCAUCCAACUUUAUUCAGAUUUUUUAGAGGUAAUGGACUUCAUUAAUGAUGCCAUUGUUUCCUUGGAUGCAUUUGUGCAUGCAUACAAACCCGCAGCAGUGUUCUUCUCUUGCCCUGUUGAGAUGAGUUAUGGGAAUGAGGAAUUGCUCCACACUCUUGCAAGACUGUACAAUUCAUUACUACCAUCUAUACAGCAGGGAUUUCAAAUCCUGUUUACAGCUGGGGAUGUACUUCAGAAGUCAUUUGGUAUUACCCUUUCAGAUAUUGCUAUUUGUUUGAAGAUGGUGUCAAUGAGGAUCAUUGAGCUUGGUUGGAAAGUAUUGGACUUAUGCUAUCUAAGUAAUACGUUAUUUGAAGUCAGUCUCCCCCUUCCAGCUGCCACAAAGAUAUUUCCUGCUAAAGUUGAGGAUCCUGUCAUAAGGGCAGAUAUUUUAAUUCAGACUAUUAGAGAGAUCAAUGGAUUUCCAGAACAUGUUCAGGAAAACCAGCCCAAAAACCAGCCCAGGGAAACAUUUCUUCAAAAUAUUGAAAAGAAUUACAAGAUGAUGAGAAAACUUGAGAGUUUGCAUGAUACUGGAUGGAUUUUCAUGGACGAUGAACAAUUUCAUUAUUUAUCUGGCAUCUUAGCACUUCCUUUAGAAGCUAGUGUUAAGAAGACAUCUUAUGAGCCAAUCCCUGCAACAAGUGACAAGAUGCAUGUGGAUGAAGAUGCUGCAAUUAUGGAGUCCAAAAUAAGUCAAAUUAGAGAUCUAUUCCCUGAUUAUGGUAAAGGGUUCUUGUCUGCAUGUCUUGAAGCGUAUAACCAGAAUCCAGAAGAGGUGAUUCAAAGGAUUCUAGAGGGAACCUUGCAUGAAGAUCUGCAGUCCCUGGACACUUCAUUAGAGACUAUCCCACAACCCAAGUCUAUUCCAUCUGUGAGCAAGAAUGAUAAGGGAAAAGAGAAGUUAUUUGAAUCAACGGCUCUAUCCUCCGCUAAUGCUGUAACUGUAUCAGGGGAGCCACAAACUGAGAGCUCAUCAUUUUCAUUCUCAUCUUCAGUUGGGAGGUACACAAGGAAGUCUAAAGUUAAUUUACCCAAUUAUAAGACCCUUGAUUCUAGAAGUGAGCAGGAUUCUGCAAAAACUGCAGCUCUAGUUAUGCAGUAUGAGUAUGAAGAUGAGUAUGAUGACUCUUUUGAUGAUUUAGGUCUGAGUGUUGUGGAGUCAGGAUUAGCAGAAACUGAGAUAUUGGAAGACAAAAUCAACUCUAAUCUUGGAAAACCUUGGGGGACACAAAGUGAAACAUUUGGUCCAAGUGAUUCUUCGAAAUGGAACUCACGGAAGAAGCCCCAAUUCUAUGUGAAGGAUGGUAAGAAUUACAGUUACAAAAUUGCAGGUUCAGUUGCUGCUGCAAAUUGUAUUGAAGCAUCAAUAGUUAAUCAAGCCCAGAAAGAAUUAAUCCAUGGCCUUGGUCGAGGUGGCAACCUUCCUCUAGGUGCAGUUAAGAAGCUGACAGAGUUAAAUGAGGAUGAAGAUGAACAGUCUGAAAUUGUGGAGAUGGGAGGAAGAGGGAAGCCAGGGAAUUUCAGGGGCAGGGGAAGGAGGGGAGUUACUCCAGGUGCAGUUAAGAAGCCGACAGAGUCCAAUGAGGUGCAAGAUGACCAGUCUGACGUGUCAGAGAUGGGAGGAAGGGGGAAUUCCAGAGGUAGGGGUAGGGGUAGGAGGGGAGGGGGAAGAAAUUACAGGAAGGAUCAGGCCAUGAAAAAGCAUUUUUCGGGAUUGACUGGUUUCUAGGUUACAUAUAACGCAUUGCAAUACAUGGUUUGUUCAUGUCAUUCUUACACAAACAUAAUAUCUUAUAAAUUAGAUGAUAACUUGUUCUGGCGAGAAUUACAAAUAAGUGUAUAUUAAGUUCGUUUCCUUGCCACUGGGUAGUGGCCCAUCAUCUGGAUGGUUGUAGAUUGAGGUGAGGUGAGGUGCGGUGCUCUUUUUAUUGAAGUGAAUUUUGUUCAAGCGACUUAAUCUUAUAAUUACGGAUAUGUCUAUGAAAUCUUUUCAAUUUUUUUA